ACAAUGUGCAGCUUCCCGCACUCUCUCACAGACGGUCGAAGAACAACCGUGAGUCUGGCAGCCAACCCCUACCCUACAGUGCUUCUCCGUUCACCAGCACUACUUGCGCGUCGCUGCACGAAAGGACUCCAACACGACGGCAGUUUCGAGUGACGAUUUGCUGCCCAAUUGUUGACACGACAAGUGGGACUGUUGGAGGCCGCUACUCUGCACUCUGACGCUCUAGUUGCCGUGUGAUACGCACAUUAGCACAGCUCUCUGGUCCAAGACAGUGCUGCAUCUCCAGGACGACGUUUCUAUUCAAGGUCCAACAUGGUGAGAACGGAAGACCGGUCACCAGAAUUCCCGUCCAAUAUAAACGACUGCCCCUUCAGCAUCAGGCGGAUGCUAAGCCAACCCGUGCACACCGCCGAGCUGCCUACGAUUAGCCCAACGGCAGGACACGCGCCCACGCCCGUAACAUGCCACGAGACGAACGGUGAUCACCACAGUCAUCACGGCAAAGGCACCAAAGAACUCGACCAGGGUAAGGAGGGGGAGGAUGUCACUGAUUCUAAAGACGAUACGGUUGAAACUGACGUCUCGAAGGAUUCGGAACAGGAAGACUUUAAGAAAGAUAAAGACGACAAGGAGGAGGGUAAAACGAAGCACGAGAAGCCUCCGUUCAGCUACAAUGCGCUGAUCAUGAUGGCCAUACGCCAGAGUCCUGAGAAAAGGCUGACUUUGAACGGCAUCUAUGAGUUCAUCAUGAAGAAUUUCCCGUACUAUCGGGAAAACAAGCAAGGCUGGCAGAACUCGAUCCGCCACAACCUGUCCCUCAACAAGUGCUUCGUCAAGGUGCCCCGCCACUAUGAUGACCCCGGCAAGGGGAACUACUGGAUGCUCGACCCGUCAAGCGACGAUGUCUUCAUCGGCGGGACGACUGGCAAGCUGCGGCGAAGAUCGACUGCAGCGGCGAGAAGCCGGCUGGCGUUCCGCCGCGGGUUCGGGGUACGAUACCCGGCGGGCGUGGUCGAGUGGCCUGCCGCCGACAAGACCAAUUGCUACUGGAGCACCCAUCCCCCGGCCACCGGCGGUUAUUCCUUGCCCCAACACUCUCCAGGAUUCCACUACAGCCCACCUCCCUCCAGUACGCCCGGGUUCGGCUUCACCAGCCCCCACCCGAGCACGCCGCAGCACAACUUCUCCGUGGAACGCCUCCUGAGCAGGGACACGUCCCGAGCUGCCCCAGCCGGCUCUGUCAGCCCCACCGUCCUCGGGACCUUCCCACCCCUCACGGUUCAAACGGCAUCCGGACUGCUCCAUGCCACACUGCCCCACCCCGCGGGUCUGCUCUUUCCCUCCCACGGGCACGUGCUCCACGAUCCGUACGCAUCACUACGGACUCUUGCCAUGAGCCCACCGACUGCAUUCACAGGGACGAUCGGGCAGUCUCCCCUCCCGCUCGGACUGCACCUGCCAGGUAACGUCGGCGAGCAUGGCGGCCACCUCACGGUGGGAGGGACACCCCUCGUUCUACCUCGCCUAACGGGAUAGAAGCGGUCGGGACCGACCGGACUCUUGUUCAGACUGUAAGUUGUUGUUCGCAGUUUUGUCAUGUUUCGUUUUCGCAAAUGUGGCUCUUGUUGUAAUAUAGCGUUGAAGUCGGGACUUCAGUGAUUUAUUGUACAGUAAUGCUAACAAGUCUGUUAUGUGUUCCAGUAAAAUGUGAGUGUGCAAACCGUGCCAUGUAGCUAUGUUUGGUGUCAAGCCAGGGUCAAGUCUGAAGAUAGUUCCGACAUGAACGUGUAGGCAGGGAGUGGUGUCUUGUAGCCAGGAAUGGCUUGACAGAGUCAAGAUAGAUUUAUGACAAUAUCAGAAUUCCGGCCGUUAAUGUGUUAGUGGUAAUGGUAUAGAACCAUGUGGAGAAUUUCAAGACACCUGUGACAAAGUCAACUUCUUUCAUGUUGUGCAAAGUGUUGUAUCUCAGGACCAGUUCAACUGAAUUGUAUUCAUAUAACGUUAAUUUGUAAAAUGUCUCUAUUGUAUUAUUAUGUCUUGUUAUAUAUAUUCUAUUUUGGCACCCAUAUGGUCCCAAGUCAACCACUGGUGUAUACUUGUGCUCAGCAAGUACCAGGUACAGAUGGGUCACGCCAAGACGAUAUGAAUGUUGUUAUGUUGUAAUCGUACAAUGUAAACGUUAGUGAUUUAUCGAUAUAAGUGGCGAAGAAAUACAGACGGAACACUUUGGUGAUGUGUGUAUACCUGCUGGUUAGCAACUACAUAGUGGAAAAUGGAAGUUAUAAUGGAGAGAGCAAUACAUGUUGAUCUAUUGUCAUCUGUUACGUCGGCAUUCACUGGAUGCCUUUGCCAUUGGCUAUAAAAUUGUUUUAGUUGACUAGUGGCUGAUCUAGUGCUUGUCAGCCAAGCUAACGUUCGAUACAUCGUAUAGUUCAGCCUUUUUGUGACGCGUAUGAGGUUUAAGCCCAGAGGCCACCUUGGUUGACAUGGCUGUAGUGCAGGUAAAAUGCGUAGUAUCUUGUAUCAGUCUAUCUGUCAGAAGUAAGAAUAGUCGUAUGGAAAACAAACAUGUUACUUGCUACAAGUUGUCUGUACUGUUAUAUUCCUGCCGUCAGACUGAUGAUGUCAUGACUGUGCCAUGUCCAAAGUGAAAGGUCGAAGUGAAAAGUACAAUAUAUGUAAAUAGUGUCUUUUUUGUCUAGUUGCCCAGAACAGAUGGAAACGGUUGGCAGAGGAUUAUGUUCAGUCCAUUAAUUUUUCUGAUUAGGCAUUACUGACAGUUUGUUGAAGCAUACACAGGCGGUGUCAGAGUUAGAAUGUGUCCGUCACAUGUUCCUUGUCACUACAAGUCUCUAUGGAAAAUAUCUAUCUAUAUCAGAAAA